CAAAUAGGAGCCACAGUGCCAAACCCAUGAAGCUAACGGCUUCAACAAACGCCACACGAUUCCUCAAAUCAGAUCUCUCCUACCUCUCAUUCCCAUUUCCACGUCAAUAUCAAUUGGAUAAUUCAAUAUCCAAACCCAUUUCCAGAAUCCUUCAUUCAUUCCCAUUUCCACGUCAAUAACAAUUGGAUAAUCCAUCAAUUCAGAGAGAAAUCAAAUUCUUGGUUCACUCCUCUUUCUCCACACAACCCUUUGAUUUCAACCCAAGAAUUUGAAUAUUCAGAAAACCCAUUUGCUGAAUUGACAUUAAACCCACCAACUUCGAUGGGUUGGUUUUCUUGAACAGAAUUUCAAUCAAGAUUGCAUUUUUCUUCCCUAGUGGAUUACAGUUUUCGAGGGUUUGGGAUGGAUUGAGGUUCAAAGAUUUUAGACGUUGCUUUGUUGAGGUUUAUUUGGGUUUAUGUUGCUUCAAGCAUUCAAUGAGAGUUAAAAGGACAUAGCUUUUUGACUGAAUAAAGCAGCUUUACAUGAGAAUGUUGCCUGUUUGCUCAGCCACCACCAGCUGUUCUCAGAUUUCAUUACAUGGAGGGCUGCAACACUUACCCUCACUCCGGAAGGCAUGUGAGGUUAGAUGCAGUGCAGAAGGGAGGGUGGUUUUGGACUUGUCCAGUGGCAAUCAUAUUCAGGGAGUUUCUUUGAAAACAGAAGCCGCUUCACUUUUCCGUUCUAGUUUUGUUGAUGGCAGAGAACAAUCUGGCUCUACGUGUUUAAUUAACAUGCCUCCAUUCAAAAAUGAAUUAGGUGACAGCAACUCUGAAUAUUUUGGUAACUGGAGUUAUAAAAUGAGUGGAAUAAAUGCACCACAUUAUGUAGGGAUGGAAGAUCUGAAGUUUGUAGCAAGUUCAAGUGUCUCUGAUUCAUUGACCGUAGACACCGAUGCAUUGUCUAGUGGGAAAACAGAUAUUCAAGGGACUUUGGAUGGGGUUAGUAUGUCUAUUAGCUCUUCAGUCAAUAAGGGAGAAAUCGCUCUGGAAAAGUCAGUUGAUGUAGUUACUUCUUCCAUAACGUCUGCUCUGAAAGGUGCUAAUGAAGGAUUGGAUAGUGCUCUUAGUGAAGUGAUCUCUUCUAUUGAUCACGUGGGAGAAUUUGCAGAUAAAAAAUUCACAAGCUUCUCCAAUGACUUGAAGGAAGCCUCAAAAAAAGUGGGUGCUAUUUCUGUUGAGUUCUUGAGGGGAGCAAUUGUUCAAAUUGAGGAUUCUUUAAAACAGGGUGCCACCUAUGUCGUUUCUGCUUAUGGAUCCACAAAGGAUCUGCUUCCUUCAGAAGUCCAAAAUAUCCUAAGUUUGUCUGAAGAUAGGGUCACAAAAGUCUUAAGGCCAGUUGGUACAGCUUUGCAACAGAUUUACAUGGGUUUGGAGGUCUUCGAGAAAAGUCUUGGCUUGGACCCCAAUGAUCCAAUUGUCACCUUUGUUCUUUUCAUCGGAACCUCAGCUACUUUGUGGGGUUCUUACUGGUUUUUUACCUAUGGUGGAUAUGCGGGAGAUUUAUCCCCUAAGUCAACUUUUGAACUCUUGUCGGGGAACGAGAAUGUUGUGCUCAUUGAUGUCCGGCCUGAGGAUCUCAGGGAAAGAGAUGGCAUCCCUGAUCUUCGACGGUCUGCUCGGUUUAGAUAUGGCAAUGUAACACUACCUGAGGUCGAUGGUUCUGUAAGGAAAUUGUUGAAGAGUGGAAAAGACCUUGAUGAUACCUUGACUGCAGCUGUCAUUCGGAACUUGAAGAUCAUUCAAGACAGGUCCAAGGUCGUCAUUUUGGAUGCUGAUGGUACACGCUCCAAGGGCAUUGCAAGAUCACUGAAGAAGCUUGGGGUCAAGCGACCGUAUCUGGUCCAAGGUGGCUUCCAAUCUUGGGUGAAAGAUGGUCUUCGUAUUAAGGAGCUAAAACCUGAGACGACGCUUACCAUAAUCAAUGAGGAAGCUGAGGCAAUCCUAGAAGAUCUCAAUCCUACUCCACUUAAAGUUGUUGGCUACGGGAUUGGUUUCAUAGCGGCAGCAUAUGCAUUACUAGAGUGGGAGAAGACACUACAACUUGUUGGCGUUAUUGGCCUUGGUCAGACUAUAUACCGGCGGAUUGCUUCUUAUGAGGAUGUUGAUGAUUUUAAGCAAGAUGUGAGUCAAUUGCUUGCACCUGUUAGACUGGGAGGUCAGGCAAUUUCAUGGGUUGCUGGAAAGUUGGAAACUAAUGGCAUGGGAUUGCCAACAUCGCCAUCGUCCUCUGAUGUUCAAAGCAGGGUGUUGCAGGCAGCAGCAAAGCAUGAAUCUCAGCCGUCCGAUGGUAAAGAAAAUCAAGAUUCAUCUCCCGAUCUAACAACUGAGAACAUCGAUCUUUCUGAAGCAUAGGGUCGAAAAACUUGGUUUGCAGAUUAUGUAUAGUUUCAAGUUGAGCUUUGUACAUUUUGACAGUGAGUGCUCAGCUGAGUUGUAUCAUUCAUCAGAUAUGUGGAAAGUGGAUUUGGGGUAUACUGUUGAAUGGGGAAAAAAUUCAUUUGGAGACAUUUUCCUGCAAUAAAAGCUUUCACUUUCCUUGUA